AUGUCGAGCAUGGAGAGCUUCAACACUCAGACAACUGAGCAUCAAGAGCAGCUUGUACCAAAGAAAAACGCAGUCUCCGUCGUUUUGACACAUUUUGGCUUCGGAAGCUGGAAGACCAAGGGAAAAAAGGCUCCAGGCCCAGACAGAGUUUCACUAGCCUGUCUGCAAGCCUGUGCUGAUCAGCUGGCCCCCAUCUUCACACAGAUAUUCAACACAUCACUGGAGCUGUGUGAUGUCCCGUCAAGGCAGUCCAGGUGUUGCAGUUAUUGCUGUUUUAUUUGUAAUCUAGAACCACUAAAGUGUUUGUUUGUGUGUGUGUCAGUGUCGGAAGAGGAUCACACCGACAGUUCCUGCUUUGCCUGCAUUUUGCUAAGCCACGGAGAAGCAGACAUGAUAUAUGGAACAGACGGGGCCAUGCCCAUCAAAGACAUUACCUUCCUCUUCAGAGAAGACAUGUGCAGGAGUCUUGUGGGCAAACCCAAGCUUUUCUUCAUCCAGGCCUGUCGAGGUUCAGAGUUCGAUGAUGGUAUACAGACUGAUGUUCUAGAAAUAGAUGUGAGCCCCAGACACAAAAUCCCAGUGGAGGCAGACUUCUUGUUGGCAUACUCCACUGUUCCAGGUUACUAUUCAUGGAGGAUCCCGGGCCGGGGCUCUUGGUUCAUCCAAGCUCUUUGUACCGUCCUCAAUGAGUCUGGCAAGCAACUGGAAAUCAUGCAGAUCCUCUCACGUGUCAACUACAUGGUGGCAAAUGAAUUUGAGUCCUGGUAUAAAGAUUCACGUGUCAGUGUGAAGAAUCAGAUUCCCUGUGUUGUCUUUACAAUGACCAAAGAGCUUUAUUUUAACUGAUAACUAUGACCACAGAGUUACUUAAAGGUCUUUGAUUUCUAGUGUCAAAGUGUUUGAUUUCUUUAAUAAAUAAACAAACAAACAAACAAAUAAAUAAAUAAAAGUACAAAAACAACUAAUAAAAACAUAAAAACAUAAAAACCUUUUUCUCUUUAGCCUGUUCAAAAUGUCGACUUUUUUCUCGAACAACACAGUGUUAUACAUGAUAUACAUGUUAAGGACUGUUUUGUCCACUAGGUGGCAUAACCGUCAUACUGAUUAAACUGAUCACUUACAAUCUGCCCAAUAAAGAUCAUUUGGAUA